ACAGUCUGCCUGCUGAGAGGGAAAGAGACAGAGGGGGAGAUAGGAUAGAAACAGGGUUUUCCUUCUCUGUUCGGUUUGGCGCUCACACAAGAAGGGGGAUCAAGAUGAGGGAUUGAGGAGGAGGGAUUGAGAAGAUUCCUCUCUGUAUCCAUACUAUCCGGGUACCAGCUUUGCGACUGUUUAUUUCCAGCUCAUGUCGAACAUGAUUUGUCUGUAUUGCAGAGCGUUUCAGAGCCAGAGACGUUCAGUGUUCAGCACGGAGGCUUAGCUCAGCCUCCCAGGCUCGUGGUACUACUGACAUGCCCAGUGCCUGACACACUUGAAAGACACAGGGACCGAGGGUGAGAGGCGUGAUGGUGGCCGGGCGCUGUGACUCAGUCAUGCAUCUUCAGAUCUCUGCCUCCGAUUGGAUCCUAAUUGUCUUUUUCUUCCUGAUCGACAUCACGUCGGAUCACUGUCCUGUCUGUCUCUCUCGCUUUGACCACAACCCUUCUCUGAUUGAGUAGAGGCUCCUGUCAGAACACAUGGCUGAAGAGGAUAAACCAAUGGUCUGUAUGGCUGUGAGGAUCAUUUUCGUAUCUUUUUUUCAACAUGGGAAUAUUCAAACACUUCAAAUUUUCUUGACACUCGAUCGACAGUUGCAGUGAGAUAGACUAUAUUGUGACUUGGAGCGGAUUUUGUUUUUUCUGAUUUGCGUUUUACAUCAAAUAUGGGACAUGGAGUUCUGAACACCAUUCGAGAUGGGGGAGCGGCAACACAACGCAAAUAAGGUCAAGUGAAUAAUUGAAUCCACCUAUAUUUACACUGCUGCUGUUUUUUACCAUAGCAUGUUUUUGGUUAACACAACUGCACGAAUUUCAGAUAUGUGUGGGCAAUUUUUUUUGUAUUUUUCUACAUUCCAUGACAAUGGAUGGAAGAUUAAGUGAAACACUGACAUUGGAUGACUGGAAUCCUAAAUCUAAAAGCAGAGAAGAGGGAAAGUGAAUAAAUACAUCUGAAAGUGGGUAGCAGUUCGGUUCCAAUCCCCCUGAGGAGAUACUUCAUCUCUCUCUCUCUCUCUCUCUCUCUCUCUCUCUCUCUCUCUCUCUCUCUGAGUUUGCUCCCAGCUGCUGUCAUUUUCCUUUGAGGAUCAGAAUUUCAAAGCUUGUCAGUCAUCGACCCAUGUCAGUGUCAGCUCUUUCUGAAUUUCUCUGUCUAUGGUGUGUCUACCAAAGCCUGAUCACAUGAGCCGAGCCGACACGCUGCACCAGCGCACCACCUACCUCAUCUCCCUCACCCUGGUCAAGGUAGAGGCUGUGGAAGAACAUGGAGGGGAGCAGGCCAGGUCAAUCACCCAGGGGAGGGAGGCUGGGGAUGGGGCUGGGGUGGAGACGGGACAGCCCUUCUCCCCAGAGGACAACCAGGCAGAUGUUGCUGUCCUGGAGGGUGGAAAAGUUAGUGAACACAAGAAGGAGGAGAGGAAAUCACCCAGUAUCCCCUCGAGAGACGAGGAACCUUUUGUGGGCGAUGUUCCUCCUAAAAAAAGUGACGAGUUACCAGACGGAGACAAUGGUAUUAUCUCCUCCGCGGUUGACAAUGUCAAGACUGAAACAUUAACGAGUGGAGAGGAUGCAGCAGGGGAGAAAGAGGACAACCGGACGACAACAGUCACCUCAAAAGUGAUAACGUGCAGCACAGCUACACCGCAGACCUCAACAUCUGUGGCGGUAGCAGUCGACCCCAACCGCACCCCGACCGGGAGCAGUAUCCCUGUACACACGGGAGGUCAGCAUCCAGGGUCCGUGCUCAAAGCCCACAGCCCAUUGGCCAGCCCUGUGACCAGCCGCCGGGAGGCCAAGCGAAGCCCCUCGGCAUCCCAGAGCCUGGGUAGCAGAGACGGCAGAAUCCCAACCCGGUCCCCUGGUCUCUGUCGGGCCUCCUGGGCUGAGAGUGGUGAGGGUCGGGCCAGAUCUCAGGGUCAGGGACGUAGGGUUGAAGCUGGAGAUGGAGCAGGGAAUCAAGAACAAGUAACUGAUGAAGCUGGGGACAAAGCUGGCACACAGGAGGGAAGAGGAGGAGCGGUUGCAAAACGAGACAAUCCCAGGAUGGAGAGGCUGAAGAACAGUUCUGCUUCUCUACCUGCUCCGGUCACCCUAGUCCCCAAGCCCCCACGCAGGGGCUACAGCUGUACCUUGGAUGACACUGACCCUAACAGCCAGGCAGAGGACCUCUGUGUGGGCAGAGAGAACAGCCAGAUGCAGCCUGGACCCCACAACCAGCAGGGACAAAAGGGCUCUGCUCGAGAUCGUAAGAUGCUCAAGUUCAUCAGUGGGAUCUUCACCAAAAGCAGCAGCCCUGUUUCUGUCUCAGCCACCACUUCCUCUAACACAGCAACACUUCCCCCUGUCUGCAAUAUACAGAGAGAGUCCAGUGAGGAGGACGCUAGUUGUGCAAAUAGUCAAGAGUGGACCCUGAGUCGAUCCAUCCCAGAGCUCCGUGUGGGGCUGCUGGGAAGUCUUCAGAGUGGCAGGUCAGCAUUGGUAAAUAGAUACAUAACAGGGAGCUAUCUUCCUCUAGAGAAGAUUGAAGGGGGGAGGUAUAAGAAGGAGGUGUUGGUAGAUGGACAGAACCAUCUACUACUAAUCAGGGAGGAGGCUGCGCUUCCUGAUGCACAGUUCAGCAACUGGGUGGAUGCAGUGGUCCUUGUAUUCAGUCUGGAGAAUGAGGCCAGCUUCCAGGAGGUGUACAAACUUUACAGCCAACUCAACACACUCCGCAGCACUGCCGAAAUCCCACUGGUUGUGGUUGGGACACAAGACAAAAUCAGCAGUACCAACCCGCGCGUGAUUGAGGACAUACGUGCCCGGCAGCUAUGUGUUGAUGUGAGGCACUGUGUGUUCUAUGAGACUUGUGCCACCUAUGGGCUCAACGUGGACCGGGUUUUUCAGGAGGCUGCCCAGAAGAUAGUCACACAGAAAAAGCAGUCUGCCCUACUGGCCUCCUGUAAGUCUCUUCCCAACUCCCCCAGUCACUCUGGGGGCUCCACGCCUGGGUCAACAUCCUUCCCUGGACAGAACCGUCGAGGCAGUGGCAGUGAAAAGAAUGUUGACCCUAAAGGUGACUUGGGCAGUGGCCGGGCUAUCACUAUCAAACAGAGUAUCCUAUGGAAGCGGAGUGGGAGCUCUCUGAACAAAGAGUGGAAGAAGAAAUAUGUCACUCUGUCCAGCAACGGCACACUGGGCUAUCACUCGAGCGUCAAUCGGUUCCAGGACUACAUGCCGAAUGCUCACGCUAAAGAGAUCGACCUAUUGCGUGUCACAGUGAAGGUUCCAGGGAAACGCCCACCCAGGGCUGUCCCCCUUUGUGGCCCCUCCCCCUCCCCUGGCCUCAACGACGCAGUCAAAGACACUGGGGCCACGGAGAGCACAGGCCUUGUGCCCGUAGAGGAACAGGCUGGGGCAUUGCCUCCUCCAGCAGACAGUGGGGUAAAAUGCUGUCCAUCGUCACUGUCCAGCAAGUCACACAGUGCUGAAGCUAUUGAAGGAGUGACCAGUCUCCCUUUUGGAAAAGACGGUCAAUCCUCUCCAAUGAUUGACAGAAAGAAGAAAACAAGGAAGAAGAGUAUGAACCAGAAAGGAGACACAGCCAUUGGACAGGCUGAAGCCAAGCGCAAAAUGUGGAAAUUAAAAAGCUUUGGUAGCUUGAGAAAUAUUAACAAGACAGAUGAGGAGAAUGUUGACUUCAUCAUCGUGUCCAGCACGGGGCAGACAUGGCACUUUGAGGCCCAGACUCUAGAGGAAAGAGAUGCCUGGGUGGCGGCCAUAGAGAGCCAGAUCCUCGCCAGCCUGCAGUCCUGUGAGAGCCUUAGGAACAAGGCACGGAGGAGCAGCCAGAGUGAGGCAGUAGCAAUACAGGCCAUCCGCAAUGCCAAGGGCAACAGCCUCUGUGUGGACUGCGAAGCACCAAACCCCACAUGGGCCAGUCUCAACCUGGGUGCGUUGAUCUGCAUUGAGUGUUCAGGGAUCCACCGUAACCUGGGGACACACCUAUCGAGGGUCCGCUCUCUGGACUUGGAUGACUGGCCUCGGGAGCUUACCCAGGUCCUGACCGCCAUCGGCAACCACCUGGCCAAUAGCAUCUGGGAGAGCCACACCCAGGGCAGACACAAACCCACCCCGAACGCCACACGGGAGGAGAGAGAAUCAUGGAUCCGUGCCAAAUACGAGCAACGGAUGUUUGUGGCACCCCUGCCUGCUCCAAGCUCCACAGGCCCAGGGGACACUGCUAUGUCUGUGUGUCUGCUGUCAGCGGUGACAGAAAGGGACCUGCCCAGGUUCCUACUACUCCUGGCCCACAGCAACAAGGACCAGAUCAACACUGCCCUGUCCACCGGAGGAGCACCCUCCCAUACACAGCCUCACACUGCCCUGCACGCUGCCUGUCAGCUGGGGGAUGUGGUCAUGACACAGCUGCUAGUCUGGUAUGGAAGUGAUGUUAAGGCCAGGGAUCCCCAAGGCCAGACAGCCCUGACCAUGGCCAGAAAGACUGGGAGCAAAGAGUGCGCUGACAUCCUGCUGCAACAUGGCUGUCCUAACGAGGUCUCCCCCGUCUCCCCCACUGGACCCACGCUUGGUCUCUCCCGUAGAUCUAGCACUGCCAGCCUCAGCAGCCUGGGUCGUACCAAUUCCAGGAGAAGGGUUUCGUAGCUUUAAGAGGCCAUGGUAGCAAAUAUACAAGGGCUGGUGGAAAAAAAGCAAAUAACUAUGGAUGUAGUGUUUAGUGAUGAGCGAUUAGUGCUUUUUGAGGUCGUUUCGGUUUAAUUAUUUAAACACGGUUUGCGAUUUUGAUUAUUUAAUUGCAUUACAUUAAAUGCACUAUGCAUUAUGUGGGUCAAACUGUAACACAGACUAAAACAAUUAAUAAAAGUCCCAUGAUGGUAGUGACUUCCCAUUACUGCUUACCACUUAUUAACCAUCAUUUAUUCACAUUACUUUACUUUAAUAAAAUAACAUUUAUUUUAUUUGAUGAAUAUUUUUUCAUUGCAAGUCAUCAUUUCAUCUCUAUAGAGCUGCUGCCAAUGCUGUCUGACAAAUUUACUAUUUUUUAGUUCUUUAAAGUAAAUAAGGCAUACUUUUAUGACUGCUGAAUACCAACAAUCCAUUUUAGAUCAUGUAAUUUCAGGUAGAUACCUCAUGAAGCAAUAGCUGUUCUCACCUCACGAUUGAGCAUUCUUCUCUCUUCCCUAGCAGGAGUAAAAGAAACAGUCCAGACAAGUAGAUGCGCAAUGGAUUGUGGUUAUUGUAGUUAAUUAUCAUGUUUUAUGGCUAAACUAUGUAGAAUAUUGGCCUGUUGGGAACUACAACAUCGCACAGUUCAGGCGGGAUCUGAUUUAGCUCCAGAGAAAUUGUACAAUGUGUGCAGUGGGGUCACAAAAAAAUAACUGAAUUAAAUUCAAACAAUGUCAGUAAAUCAGUUGUUUAAAAAACUAAAAAUAACCGACAUUUCGGUUAAUCGGUCAGCACUAGUAAUGUUGAAAGUGAGGAAGGCAACAAUAAUAUAAAUAAAGUACUCCUCAUACAAAAGUAAAGCACAGAAAGACAACAUAUCAAACAUCUAAGGAGCAAUAUUCAUUCCAUGUAUUGAAGGCAAAUGUAUUGCUGAAAUUGUGAAUGUUGUCUGUUUACAAUUAUUGAAACAAAUUAGAAAAUAGGUGGGUUAACUGUGAUAAACUAUUUAUAUCUAAUUAGAUUAUACAUUUUGCCUUUGUUUUAAAAUAUUGAGAAAUAAUGCUGAUGUAUAAUCCAUACAAUGUUUUUGUAAUAUAUAUUGUACGUAUGUAAGCCUGUAGGAACACAUAGGAAUUGUUUGUAAGCAUGCAGGGUAAAAGUUACAAUUCAAAAAAUGGACUGCAUUUGUUUCUUUAUGAUUUUCAGAGUACUUUAAUCUGACUUUUAUUUUCUAUUUGUUACAAUGUAUCUAUUUGUCAUCCCUGUUUGUCUCUGUUUCAAUUUGAAACUUUCAUGAGCUGUGUAAGUAAACUGAAUUAAAUUACUUUGUGUGGCCCUCUGG